GGACGCACCUUCCGGCGGCCCAGGCGCGGAGCCCUGGGCCCGGCUGCGGCCCGGCGGCGGCCUCGGCGUGGCGGUUCUGGAGCCUGCGCGAGCCCGGAGCCCCGCAGGCCGCCCCAGGAGGACCUCGCCCGGCGGGCGCCCAGGCUUGGGCCGACUCAGCGUGGAGAUGCCGAAGCUGGAGGGCUUCGAGUUCUGGAGUCGCACCCUGGGGGGGGCCCGGCACGUGGUGGCCCCCAUGGUGGACCAGAGCGAGCUGGCCUGGAGGCUGCUGAGCCGCCGCCAUGGGGCCCAGCUCUGCUACACCCCCAUGCUGCACGCCCAGGUCUUCGUCCGCGAUGCCAACUACCGGAAGGAGAACCUGUACUGUGAAGUGUGCCCCGAGGACCGGCCCCUCAUCGUGCAGUUCUGUGCCAACGACCCAGAGGUGUUUGUGCAGGCGGCUCUCCUGGCUCAGGGUUACUGCGAUGGCAUCGACCUGAAUCUGGGUUGCCCACAAAUGAUCGCCAAGCGAGGCCACUACGGAGCCUUCCUACAGGACGAGUGGGACCUGCUGCAGAGCAUGAUUCUGCUGGCCCAUGAGAAACUCUCUGUCCCGGUCACGUGCAAAAUCCGUGUCUUCCCAGAGAUUGACAAGACCGUGAGGUAUGCCCAGAUGCUGGAGAAGGCUGGCUGUCAGCUGCUGACAGUGCAUGGGCGCACCAAGGAGCAGAAGGGGCCUCUGUCGGGCUCCGCGUCCUGGGAGCAUAUCAAGGCUGUGCGCAGCAAGGCCGUGGCCAUCCCCGUGUUCGCCAAUGGGAACAUCCAGUGUUUGCGGGACGUGGAGCGCUGCAUCCAGGACACGGGGGUGCAGGGCGUCAUGAGUGCAGAGGGCAAUCUGCACAACCCCGCCCUGUUCGAGGGCCGCAGCCCGGCCGUGUGGGAGCUGGCCGAGGAGUACCUGGACAUCGUGCGACAACACCCCUGCCCCCUGUCCUACGUCCGGGCCCACCUCUUCAAGCUGUGGCACCACACGCUGCAGGUGCACCAGCUGCUUCGAGAGGAGCUUGCCAAAGCCAAGACCCUGGAGGGCGUGGCGGCCGUGAGCCGGGAGCUGAAGCUGCGGUGUCAGGAGGACAUGGCCAGGCAGAAGGAAGGGGAGAAGCCUGCGGGCGGUUUGCCUUUCUUCCACUGGAUCUGCCAGCCCUACUUCCGGCCAGGGCCCAAGGAGGGGAGCAAGGAGAACGGGGGUGCUGGCAGCAAGCGGGCCCUGGAGGAAGAGGAGGGCAGCAUGGACGUCUUGUCCAAGAAUAAGCAGAAGAAGCAGCUGAGGAACCCUCACAAGACCUUCGAUCCUUCACUGAAGCCAAAAUACGCCAGGUGUGAUCAGUGUGGGAACCCAAAGGGCAACAGAUGUGUGUUCAAUCUGUGCCGGGGCUGCUGCAAGAAGCGCGCUUUCAAAGAGAUGGCAGACUGCCCAGGUCAUGGAUUGCUUUUUAAAACCAAACUGGAGAAGUCUCUGGCCUGGAAGGGGGCCCAGACCCGGCUGCAGGACCCUCAGCAGGCAGGGCCUGGGGAACCUGGGGGCUUGCCUGAGGCCCUGGGUGGUGCGCUGGCCUGACAAGCCCCAGGACUGCUGCCAAAGCCGCGGAGUCCCACUUAAGGAAACGCCUUCACUCAGGGAGUCCUCUGCUACUUCACAUGGAAGGACCAGCUGACCGUCUGCCCCUCGCCCGCCUGCCCUGGGGGCCCGGAAAUGCUGCACCAGGGAGCAGGCUCCCAGGCUGGACCUGCCCUGUCCUCGCAACUUGUGUGUGUUCAAAAGUGAACAAUAAAUCACUUCAAAAAUA